UUCUUGAUGUUUUUCCCUCAUUAAGAAGCUUCUUGCUGAGCUGAAAAGUAGCAGAGGUUCAGAAACAUUGACCUAGUUGGAACAUUUGGCCCCUUGGUUUCACAUCUUUGGUUUGACCGGCAACUUGAGUUUACAAGAGUCACUUUGGAUUCAUUUACCAGAAGUCAAGAUUCACAGUCUUCUAUUAACAUGUUAAAGUAGAGGCAGAUGAGGCUGGUCGGACCGUGCCUCGCGUAGUCCUCCCACUCCCGUUACCACACAGCCUUGAACCCCACAACUUGCCAUCAACUGUCACUUCAAAGCUCAGGUGUCACAUCGCCGUCGUCUCCAGCCGAGGUCCGCUUAAUAAAGAUGGAGCGGCGGGGGGAAAGCGGCGACCAGUGACGCAUCGAACCAAUCGCAGGUGCGUUAAGGCCAAAAGGUGGCUUGGAAAUGCUCCCGUGUUGCGUCUGGAGUCCGCCCCCCGCGACUGCCAAUGGAGCUUGAAGCGUUGGCUUUCCUCCGUCGGCAUCCAUGAUCGGGCCCGCCCGGCCGAAGGGCUCCAACCAUGUAGCGGUGUCGGUGUCAGGUGAUCCGAAACUUUCCCCCAUCAGCCACUAUGGAAGUGCAGACCACCUCCCUGGUGUUGAUUUACGUGAACGUCACAGUCAACGCUUCCGAUGAGUUCAACUCCACUGAGAGCUCGGAGAAGUCUUACACGAUCGGUCUCUUCCUGUCCUGCCUGUACACCAUCCUCCUCUUCCCCAUUGGAUUCAUCGGCAACAUCCUGAUCCUGGUGGUCAACCUGAACCACCGCGAGAAGAUGACCAUCCCCGACCUUUACUUUGUCAACCUGGCGGUGGCCGACCUGAUCCUGGUGGCCGACUCGCUCAUCGAAGUGUUCAACCUUAACGAGAAGUACUACGACUACGCCGUGCUGUGCACCUUCAUGUCGCUCUUCCUCCAGGUCAAUAUGUACAGCAGCAUCUUCUUCCUCACGUGGAUGAGCUUCGACCGCUACGUGGCGCUGGCCGGCUCGGUGGGCUGCAGCCCGCUGAGGACCAUGCGCCACGCCAAGCUCAGCUGCGGCCUCAUCUGGAUGGCGUCCAUCCUGGCCACGCUUCUGCCAUUCACCAUCGUGCAGACGCAGCACCGCGGCGAGCUCCACUUCUGCUUCGCCAACGUCUUCGAGAUCCAGUGGCUGGAGGUGACCAUCGGCUUCCUGGUGCCCUUCUCCGUCAUCGGCCUGUGCUACUCCCUGAUCGUCCGGGUCCUCAUGCGGGCGCAGAAGCACCGCGGCUUGUGGCCGAGACGGCAGAAAGCGCUGCGCAUGAUCGUGGUCGUGGUGCUGGUCUUCUUCAUCUGCUGGCUGCCCGAGAACGUCUUCAUCAGCAUCCAGCUGCUGCAGGGCACCGCCGACCCGACCCGCAGGACCACCGCCACGCUGUGGCACGACUACCCGCUGGCGGGGCACAUCGUCAACCUGGCCGCCUUUUCCAACAGCUGUCUCAACCCCAUCAUCUACAGUUUUCUAGGGGAGACCUUCCGGGACAAGUUGAAGCUCUUUGUCAAACAGAAGGCCAGCUGGUCGGCCGUCGGUCUCCAUUUGGGACCUUCGGUCAGGACUGAUGUGUCGCAGGUAUAAGGACAGAGUAUGAAACAAUACCUCCCACUUAUGCCUCAUGCAUUCAGUAACCUGCUCACUGUAUGAACACCCCCCCCCCCAAAAAAAAAACCAGGCUCUGUACAUAAUAUUAAUCCCAUCCCCUCCAUCACGUGGAUUACGUUCAACAUCACCCAUGCGAUCAAUCCAUUAAGAAUCAUUCCCUAAAAUGUACAACAGCCGUUGCUUUCUGUAGGCAUAAAAAGCAGGAUUAAAUAAGAUUUGACAUUCAGUAAAAAUCCUUCCCAUUUUCAUUCUUCUUCUUUCAAAUUUAAUAUGACACAAAAUAGUGCCACCAUCUAGUGACCAACAAUGGAAUUACAUGCAGAAUAGAGUCACAAGGUGCCCCCGAAUGAAUAAAAUAAAUAACUCUGCAAAAUAGCAAAAUCAUGAACCCAUGAUGGAGGGAGGGAUUACCGUGUUUUUACACCCGUCUAAUCAUUUUAGCAUUCAGAGUAGCCACAAAGACUCAUGCUUUUCUUUCGAUGAUUUCCUUGGCUGCAGCAUGGUGGUCAGAUGCUUAACACGUCAGUUCUGAGGUUCAAAUCUGGGCCUCUGGCCUUCAUGAAUGGAGUUGGCAUGUUCUUGCAUUGGUUUUCUCCUGCUACAACAGCUUCCUCCCACAUUCCAAAAACAAAAUGAAAGACUAUAUAGUCCAUCGGUUGUGAAUGUGAGUGCGAAUGCUUGUUUGUCUAUAAAUGCCCUGCGAUUAGCUGGCGACCAGUCCUGGUUUUGCCUCGCUCGCUGCCUCUUGCAUCUUGCAUGAUCUGCUUGGCUUAAGCACCUUUAACGCAGAAUUGGGCGAUAUUGACCCGGCAAUUUCCUGCCUGGUGAGGCAGGAAUAGCAAAUCUGUAAUAAUGAGACCUCCGCCAAGGCCAAAACUCAGUCGUGUUUUUUUUGUUUUACCCCAUGGGUGUUGCCAGAAUCUUUUUUUUUCCUUACAUGAUUUGCAAUGCACUGUGGGCAAAACAAAAUGGGGAUUGGACCACAUUGACCAAGCAAUCGACCUUCUACAGAGGGAAUAAUCGGAGCCGUAAAAGUGGCAGGUCGACGCCCAAGUAACAGCCUCAAAUCAGAUGCCACCAAAGACCAAAUCCCAAAAAUGUCGGGCCCACUGUUCCGGCUCCGAUGUGGCAAUUUCGCCAGAGUUUUCGCUUGACGCCGGAUGAACUCCAUGACGCAACUGUCACGUUUAUCCAAGUUGGGGGUUUUUCCAUCGUCUCCUGUGGUUUUUCUUGUGGUGUUUUCCCAUCAUGUCACAAAGAAAUAUCUUGGAUCCACACCAAAUCUUUCCCUUGCCUAAACGCUGCAAAAAA